AUGGAGAACAGUAGUAGCAAUGGUAGUUUGUUCAUGUCCGCAGUAGGCAUAGGCGUAGGAUUGGGUGUCGGCCUUGGCCUGGCGUCGACACAACUCAUGGCAUCUUCGCCAAGAGGGGACGUGACCUUGGGUGGCGGCGCAAUAGCUGCAGAUAUCGAAUCAGAGCUUCGACGCCUCCUUGUCGAUGGGCAAGAGACCAAAAUUUCCUUUUCUGACUUCCCAUAUUAUCUCAGCGAGGAAAUGAGGCUGGCGCUCAUGAGCGCAGCAUUCCCUUACCUGAGUCAAACUAUUCUGCCAAAGCACAUCAAAGUAUUCAAGGACUCAAGCCGCACCAUACUACUUUGUGGUCAAUCAGAGACGUGCCUGCAGUCACUUGCCAAGGCCAUUGCCAACCAAUUCAAUGCACGUCUGUUAGCACUGGAUAUCUUUGAGUUCUUGCAUCAGAUCCAGCACAAAUAUGGUGGCUCAAGCAAUGCACAAGUUGAAGUUGGUUUUAGUGCUCCAGUGUGGACCUUGGAUGUGAAAAUUCUCUUACAGUGCAUGUACAAGGGGGGUUUGUCAUCAUACAAUUUGGAGUGUGAUGAUUUGAGUUCUAUCUCCCUAGAUGAUUGUGUAGAAAUUGCAAGUUACCUAGAGGAUAUUUUAGCCCCAGCAGUCUCAUACCAUUUAAUGAAUAACCAGGACCCUAAGUACAGAAACGGGAGGCUUAUUCUAUCUUCAACGAGUUUAUGUUAUGGAUUAAGAAUUUUUCAAGAAAGUAACCUUGAGAAAGUUUCAGUUGAAACAAAAGAUGACUCAAAGGUCACUAAAUACAACGAAUAUGAAAAGCGGAUAAGAGAAUUAGUGAUCCAUGCUAGUGAAACAAGAGUGACAUUUGAUGACAUUGGAGCACUAGCUGAUAUCAAAGAAUCAAUUCAGGAGCUUGUCAUGCUUCCACUUCAACGGCCCAAUCUCUUCAAUGGUGGUCUAUUAAAACCAUGCAGGGGAAUUCUAUUGUUUGGACCACCUGGAACGGGUAAAACUAUGCUUGCUAAAGCUAUAGCCAAUGAAGCUGGUGCUAGCUUCAUGAACAUCUCAUUGUCUACCAUCAUGUCAAAAUGGUGUGGAGAGGCCGAGAAGAGCAUCCAAGCGUUGUUCAGUUUAGCUGGCAAAAUUGCACCAGCCAUCAUUUUCAUGGACGAGGUAGACGGCAUGCUAGGGACACGCGAACGUUCAAAUGAAAAUGAGGUAUCAAGGAGGAUCAAGAAUGAAUUCAUGAUGCAUUGGGAUGGAGUCUUAUCCAAACCAAGUGAAAACAUUCUUGUCCUCGCCGCGACAAACCGACCUUUUGACCUUGAUGAUGCAAUCAUCAGGCGAUUCGAGCACAGGAUAAUGGUUGGUCUCCCUACUCUUGAGAGUAGAGAGCUAAUUUUGCAUAAGUUGCUGUCCAAAGAAAACAUUGAAGGUAUAGACUUCAAGGAACUUGGCAAAAUGACUGAGGGAUACAACGGUAGUGAUCUAAAGAAUCUUUGUGUGGUGGCCGCUUAUCGUCCUGUUCGAGAGCUACUUCAGAAAGAAAAACAAAUGAAGAAGGACAAGAAGGAAAAGGAAGUGAAAGGGAAGAAUGUGCGUGUUGAGAACCCACAAAAUGAAGAAAGCAAGAAGGAAAAGUCAAAAGACAGCAAAGACAUGGAAGCCAUUUUAGAGGAGGGCGACGAGGAUGAAAUGGAUGAGGUAAUCACCCUUAGGCCAUUAACCAUGGAGGACCUGAAGCAGGCCAAAGAUGAAGUCUCUGCAAGCUUUACUAGUGAUGGUGUAGUCAUGAAUGAGAUCAAGCAAUGGAAUGAGCUAUAUGGCAAAACUGGGUCAAGGAAUAGGCAAAAGCUAACAUACUUCCUAUAG